AUGGCUCCUUCUCGGGGCCUCUCAAUUCUGCAACAUACCAUCAUGGCGCCUCUGCAGAGCUCAGGCAUCAUGAAGGUUGCACGCCGGGCCUUCUCAUCCUUCUCGGAAAAGCUCUCAAACCCGGCCAACUCGGUGCAAUCGUACGUCUCCCAUAGCAGCGAUCCAUAUCUCAAUCUUGCCAUUGAAGAUCACAUCCUGCGUACGUCGCCGGCGGGCUCAGCGGUGCUCUUUCUCUACACCAAUAGGCCUUGCGUCGUGAUCGGGAGAAACCAGAACCCCUGGCGCGAGGUCAACUUAGGCUUACUGAAAGCAGCGGCACAGGGAAAUAGCAAGCCGCGCGGAAACUCCAAGCCUCCCGCCAUCGGCCAUGUCCAGCUUGUUCGGCGUCGCUCGGGCGGCGGCGCCGUCUUCCACGAUAUGGGCAACGUCAACUGGAGCAUCACCUGUCCCCGCGACGACUUCACACGCGACAAGCACGCUGAGAUGGUUGUCCGAGCGUUGCGUGCUCUAGGCGUUGACCGUGCCAGAGUCAAUGAGCGGCACGACAUCGUCCUCGAUCAGGGUUAUGAGAAGCGGGCCAGCGACCCGAACGACACCCAUCGCACUCCAUACACGGUGGACGACGGCACGGAGCCCAGACCAUUGAAGGUAUCUGGCUCGGCGUACAAACUGACGCGUGGACGGGCGCUACAUCAUGCCACGACACUGCUUGCGUCGCCGAACCUGCACAUAAUACCCCAAUAUUUGCAUUCUCCUGCGAAACCGUAUCUGGAAUCCAAGGGAGUGCAAAGCGUGAGCUCUCCGGUGGGCAACAUCGGCCUGGACACUAGCUCCUUCCAGAAGCGCCUUCAGGACGAAUUUGCUGCCAUGUAUGCGCCGGGAAAAUCAUUGUCUGUCGAGGUCCUUGGCGAGGAGCAUCUCAAUAUCCCGGAGAUCAGAAAGGGCUACGACGAGCUGAGGACAAAUGAAUGGAUCCUCACGCAGACGCCGCAGUUCACGCUGAAACUGGGGCCCUCUCAGUCGGCACAGCAGAGCAUGCCAUCUCGCAUGGAAGUGAACGUGCACCAUGGCAUAAUCAAGGCGUUCGAAUACGAAUCGAAAAUCUGUCCAAGCGCGGUAACAGAAAAGAUCCGGACCUUACUUGUCAAACAGAAACUGCAAGACAUCCAAGAUUGGCGAAGCUUCUUCCAGUCCAACCUCUCUGGAGACCAUCCUGGCCUCUCCGAACUCAUCGAUUAUCUCGAAGAAUAUUUACCGAUUCCGGAGGCCCCAACAGCCUGA